AUGUCACAAAGGUGCCCUGACCAAACUCAGUACGAUGUUAUUGUUGUCGGUUCUGGCGCGGCUGGGCUGACAGCGGCCCUCUCAGCCAAGCUCCACAAUCCAACCCUCAAUGUCCUCAUACUCGAGAAGGCACCGCUGGAAUGGAGCGGAGGCAACGGCUACUUUACAGCAGGUGCUUACCGAACUGCUCACAACGGACUGUCCUCGAUUCUGCCAUUGGUUUCCAAUGUACCACUUGAGCUGCAUGACAAGAUCGAUCUCGCGCCUUAUACUGACGAUGACUUUUAUUACGACCUACAGCGCGUGACGGGAGGUCGCAGUGACAAGGAUCUAGGAGCUGUACUUGUAGGCGAUAGUCUGGAUACUGUACGCUGGCUUAAAGAUCACGGAAACGUGGACUGGUGGCUCAGUUUCCGACGUCAAGCUUACGAGGUAGAUGGACGGUGGAAGUUUUGGGGUGGGCUGGCACUUACGGUGAAGGACGGAGGUAAAGGGCUCAUCAAAAAUCUGUCGGAGGCUGUUACGGCGAACGGCAUCAUCACAUUAUUCGACAUAAAAGUCCAACGCUUGCUUGUCAGCGAGAGCGGAAGCAUAGAAGGUGUGGAGGUCUCAGAAUCGACCAAAGCACACUCCAAGUCUCUGCUGUUCGCAACCAGCGUCAUUCUGUGCGCUGGCGGCUUCGAAGCAAGUAGAGAACUCAGAAAGUCAUUCAUGGGACCUGGUUGGGAGCUUGCCCACGUCCGCGGCACUCCCUACAAUACCGGAGACAUGCUUCUGGCAGCUCUGGACCUAGACGCGCGAAAAGCUGGCGAUUUCAGCCAUACCGGUUGCCAUAGCGUCAGCUGGGACGCAGACUCGUCUCCCGAUGGAGGUGACAGAGACAAGACGAAUGAGUUCACCAAGAGCGGAUACCCACUCGGGCUCAUGCUCAACACCCGCGGCAGACGUUUUGUGGACGAAGGCUUCGACCUUCGAAAUUACACUUAUGCCAUGUUCGGCAGAGCGAUACUCGAGCAGCCGGAAGGAAUGGCGUUCCAGAUUUGGGAUGCAGACGCCGUUGGCUGGUUGCGUGAGGAAGAAUACCGUGACGACGUCGUUCGCAAGAUUGUAGCGCAAAGCCUCGAAGAGUUGGCAGAGAAGCUCGCAACGGAGGGACUAAGAGACAGGCACGAAUUCGUGCGUACAAUCAAUGACUACAACGCAGCGGUUCGUGCACAUCGAGAAGAGAACCCUGACGCGAAGUUGGAUCCAUCGAUCAAGGACGGGCUUUCGACACAGUCAUCUCGGAUGUCGUUGGAGCUGCCCAAAUCAAAUUGGGCGUUACCUGUUGAACAGGGACCUUUCACGGCCGUUCGAGUAACUUCGGGAAUUACCUUUUCGUUCGGAGGUCUAGCAAUCGCGCCUAGUACGGCGAAUGUAAUAAGGAAUGAUGGGUCUUGCAUCGAUGGCCUCUUCGCAGCAGGGGAGAUGGUCGGCGGAUUGUUCUAUGCAAACUACCCUGGAGGUAGCGGGUUGACCGCUGGCGCAGUGUUUGGCAGAAGAGCAGGCGUUGCUGGGGCCCAACGGGCAGAGCAGCAAUUAAAGAGCAAUGUCAAGUUGUAA